AGACAGGUGAUGUUGUGUUGGUGAGUGAAGUUCCACUGCCACCAGCCAAGCUUGAAGUUGUAGAUGUAACCAAAUCCAGUGUAUCACUUGCCUGGGAGAAACCUUUACAUGAUGGAGGCAGCAGAAUCACCGGCUACAUUGUUGAAGCUUGUAAAGCUGGUACUGACAAGUGGAUGAAGGUUGCAACUUUGAAACUUACAGACUUUGAGUUCACUAUCACGUCACUUAAUGAGAAUGAACAGUACCUAUUCAGGGUACGUGCUGUCAACAGCAGAGGAGCUGGUGAGCCAAAAGAAAUUGUAACAGCUGUGACAGUUCAAGAACAAAGAGUCUUGCCAAAGGUUGAUCUAUCAGCUAUUCCACAGAAGACAAUAAGCGUUUUGGCAGGCAAACCCCUUGAGCUUGAUUUACCAAUUAUAGGACGACCACCACCAGUUUGUUCUUGGUUCUUUAAUGACAAUAGGUUAAAGAUUGUGGAGCGUGUGAAGAUAAAAUCAACUGGAAAAUUCUCUAAAUUAACUAUUCUUUGA